CCCGUGGCGGUCUUGCGCAGGCGCAGGUUGGUUGGUGGCUGCCGUGGCCUUUGUCCUACAGUCCGGUGGAACUGCCUGCCGAGGAGCUGGCUGUUCCUGCAAGAGGCCCAAGGAGGAGGGAAUGACCGCUGGGCUCCUCACUGCCAGGGACCCGGAGCAAGUGACUUUUGAGGACGUGGUCGUGGAGUUCACCUGGGAGGAGUGGGGACAGCUGGAGCCAGCCCAGAGGACCCUGUACCGAGAUGUGAUGCUGGAGACCUUUGGGCUCCUUGCCUCUGUGGGACACUGGCUCCCAAAGCCGGACGUCAUCUCCCUGUUGGAGCACGAGGCGGAGCUGUGGGUGGUGGACAAGGGAGCCCCCCGAGGUGUGUGCACAGACUUUGAAACUAGACAAACCAAACUAUCAACUGUGAAGCAAGACAUAACUGAAGAAAUACCCAAUAAUGCUCUGGUAGAAAGGUUCCUGUGGGAAAGUCUGUGGAACUCCAAGGGUGAAAAUGCUGAGGGCCACUGGGAACAGGGUCACAAGAGGCCAGAUAGCCAUGUGGUGCAGUCUGCCUUCAUGCCUGUGAAGACACCCACUCAGGAGAAGCAGCAGGGGAAUGGGUUUGGGGAAAACUUGAGUCUGAGGCCUGAUCUCUCAACUCGACCAAUGACUCCUAAAAGGCAAGGCCCCCCCGUGUGGGGAACACAUGGAAAGAGGGAGGAUCUGGACUCAGAUACUCAACAGAAAACCUGUGCAAAAGAGAAGCCCUACAGAUGUCAGGAAUGUGGAAAGGCCUUUAGUCACAGCUCAGCACUCAUCGAACACCACCGAACACACACGGGAGAGAGACCUUACGAAUGUCACGAAUGUGGAAAAGGCUUCCGAAACAGCUCAGCGCUUACCAAACACCAGAGAAUCCACACUGGUGAGAAGCCUUAUAAGUGCACUCAGUGCGGGAGGACCUUCAACCAAAUUGCCCCACUGAUCCAGCACCAGAGAACUCAUACAGGUGAGAAGCCCUACGAGUGCAGUGAAUGUGGGAAAUCCUUUAGUUUUAGGUCCUCCUUCAGCCAACAUGAGCGGACGCACACAGGUGAGAAGCCCUACACAUGCAGUCAGUGCGGGAAGGCCUUCCGGCAGAGCAUCCACCUCACCCAGCACCUGCGAAUCCACACCGGGGAGAAGCCCUACCAGUGUGGAGAAUGCAGCAAGGCCUUCAGCCACAGCUCGUCCCUGACCAAACACCAGCGGAUCCACACGGGGGAGAAGCCCUACGAGUGCCAGGCAUGUGGAAAAGCCUUCACCCAGAUCACACCACUGAUUCAGCAUCAGAGGACACACACAGGCGAGCGGCCCUACGAGUGCAGUGAGUGCGGGAAGGCCUUCAGCCAGAGCACGCUCCUGACUGAGCAUCGGAGGAUCCACACAGGAGAGAAGCCCUACGGGUGCAACGAGUGUGGGAAAACCUUCAGUCACAGCUCGUCGCUUAGCCAGCAUGAGCGGACACACACGGGUGAGAAGCCCUACUCGUGCAGUCAGUGCGGGAAGGCCUUCCGGCAGAGCACACACCUCACUCAGCACCAGAGAAUCCACACCGGGGAGAAGCCCUAUGAAUGUAGUGAGUGCGGGAAGGCCUUCAGCCACAGCUCGUCCCUGACCAAACACCAGCGGAUCCACACCGGGGAGAAGCCCUAUGAGUGUAACGAGUGUGGCAGAGCCUUCAGCCAGCUUGCGCCACUCAUUCAACACCAGAGGAUCCACACGGGAGAGAAGCCCUAUGAGUGUAAUGAGUGUGGCAGGGCCUUCAGCCAGAGCUCCCUCCUCAUAGAACACCAGAGGAUUCACACCAAGGAGAAACCCUAUGGGUGCAACGAAUGUGGAAAAUCCUUCAGCCACAGCUCAUCGCUCAGCCAGCACGAGAGGACACACACUGGGGAAAAGCCCUACGAGUGCCAGGAUUGUGGAAAAUCCUUCAGGCAGAGCACCCACCUCACUCAGCACCGGAGGAUCCACACAGGAGAGAAGCCAUAUGAGUGCAGGGACUGCGGGAAAGCCUUCACACACAGCUCCUCCCUUACCAAGCACCAGAGAACUCAUGCUGGGUAGACCCACUCCACAUGU